AUGGAUCACUUCACCUCCACCAAGACUGCCUUUCCGGCUGUUUAUGCCACCGAUGGCUUCUCUCCGGCUCAGCCGUCUAAGGCUCGCCGCAUCGGCAAGCUCAUUGCGAAGGCUGUUCUGGCCAUCGUUUUCCUGGCUUUUGCUCUUGUUUUGAUUUACCAGGUCGUCCAUGACAAGCAAGACUAUGAUGCUCUCCUCUCGAAGUACAACGACUUGCUUGCCGAGCAGAACACCAAGCCCGUGGCCCCUGUUGCUACUCUCGUUCACCGGGCCAUGGAGUCUCCCUCCCAGUCGUAUGUGUACACGACCACCACGGUCACUGAGGCCCCCAUCACUGUGCUCGAGACUCACGUUACGACUGCCACGAUCUAUGUGACAGCCAGUGGUCUCGUCACCCCCAAGGCGGAGACGCUCACGGUGACGGCUACCGCAACGGAGUUUGCUACUGUCCACGGUGGUAACAACAAGACCUCGAGCGGCACGUCCACCAGCACUGCUGAGGGUGUCUGGGGCACGAGUGCAUCUACCAGCUCGUUCCACCUUACGCACUUCCCCAACACCACCACCAUCCUCUCCCCUUACAACACCGCGAGCACGGCCAGCUACACCCUCACUGUCCCUCCCGGCGUCAGUGGUGCCACUGGCAACACUGGCAAGCUGACCACACCUCUGGGCACCACCACUAGCCAGGUCGACCCAGUGAGUACGGUUGUCACCGUCUCCGGCGCCGCCAAGGCUAGCGGUGUCUGGGUUGGCAUGGCCAUUGCGGCCAUCUUUGUUGCGGCCUUCCACUUUUAA